UUGACCAUCAAGAUGGCCGGACGAGUAGCUCUCGGGUUGUUGUUCAUAUCAAUUAUCGUCUUGGCAGAAGGCGCUAGAAUUCUGACCAUCAUGCCGUUGGGUGGUAAAUCGCACGACAUCAUAGGAACUGCCUUCGCAAAAGUGCUUGCCGGUGCUGGCCACGAUGUGACUGUGAUAACGGCCUACGCUUCUAAGAAGUUGCCGAAGAAUUAUCGGGAAAUCGUGCUAACUGGAUUGCUAGAAAAAGCUAUGGAAGGUCAAGGUGCUCCUAACUUUUUUGAAAUGCGAGGAGGAAUUAUAGCUUCCUUUUUUAUGUUGGUGAUGAUGUACGGAAUGAUGCCCGGCAGGAUGUCCGAGUUGGCAAUGGAGCAUCCAAACGUUGUGAGUCUCUUGAAAUCCGACGAAAAGUUUGAUGUAGUUCUGUUGGAAUCCUUCGUAGCCGAACAGUUUUAUGGAUUAGCACAACACUUCGAUGCACAUCUGAUUACCUUUUCCGCUGUCGGAAACUCAUUAUGGACCAACGGCCUCGUCGGAUGUCCUCAUCCAACGUCGCACUUGGGACACUUUUUACUCAGCUACACUGAUCGCAUGACAUUUUGGGAACGAUUCGUAAACACAGCCUUCACUGGAUUCGAUCGGAUCUAUUACAACUGGUUCUAUUUGCCGACGCAGAAAAAAUACUACGAUUUAGCGUUUCCCAAUGCUAAACAAAGCUUCGAACAGCAGAUGAAAAAUGUUUCCUUAGUUUUCCUGAACCAACACUUCACACUUAGCAGUCCUAGACCAUAUCCACCCAACAUGAUCGAAGUAGGAGGGAUUCAAAUCGAUGACCCAAAACCGUUACCAAAGGACUUGCAAACGUAUCUUGACGAAGCUACAGAAGGAGUUGUCUAUUUUUGCAUGGGUUCUAACUUAAAAUCAAAGGAUCUUCCAGCUGUGAAGCGAGACGCCUUUCUGAGAGCGUUUGGCAAACUAAAGCAGCGUGUUCUGUGGAAGUUUGAGGAUGAAAAUCUUUCCAACAAGCCAGGAAAUUUGAAAAUCAGCCCCUGGGUUCCGCAAAAUGAUUUGUUGGCCCAUCCGAAUGUGAAACUAUUCAUUACACAUGGAGGUAACCUCGGCACGACGGAAUCCUUAUACCACGGUAAACCGAUGGUAGGAAUACCGAUCUUCGGAGACCAAAUGUUGAACAUUGAAAAGUCCGUACGUGCUGGUUACGCCUUGCGACUUGAUUUCGAUGACAUUAGUGAGGAUACGGUGGGACGAGCUAUCAACACGGUACUGAACGAUCCAUCAUAUGCGAGAAAUGCGAAAUUAGUUUCGGAUAGGUUGCGAGAUCAACCGAUGACUCCGAGGCAAACCGUUGUUUACUGGGUGGAAUACGUGCUGCGACACGGUGGAGCACCGCAGCUGCGUUCACCCGCAAUGGAAUUAUCUUAUUUACAGUACAAUUCAAUAGAUGUGUACGCCGUAAUGCUGUUGCUUUUAGUGGUAAUUGUGGCAACUAAUGUGAUCAUUGUGAAGAAGCUAUACCGGAAGGUGCUCCGAAGGAGUUGCCCGGCUGGUGGAAAAGAGAAGAAAGCCUAAAUCGUUAGUUUUUAAGGCGAAGUGUUAUUUUAUGUUGUUAAUUUUAAAAGAUUAAAAGAAUUACUUAAAGGAGAGUUUACUAAUAAACUUAUAAAAAGUU